AUGAUGUUGCAUAAGGAAGAUUUGAAACCAUUUUGUGUUUUCAUAAACCUGUUUAAAACAAGGGUCAAUUUGCUGGAAAUAAAAAAGAGAAACGAAAUUAUGAUGCAAAAAAAACACAUUUACUUUUUCCUACUGAAGGGAGAUAAGGAAAAGGCUCAUGCGAACAUAUGCCUGAUGCUACGAAACGAGAGGAUUUGCCAGGUGUGCAGAAAAUUAAUUAAUUUAUGUAAUGAGUCAAAUUCACCUUUAUUUUUGGAGUUAAGAAAAGAUCAUAAGGAUGAAGUAAAAAAGUGCAUACGGAAUAUUUUAUAUUGUUCAAAUAAAUUAAAUAUUAGUAAUACAGAAAAUAUCAGAACAAAUUUUAUAAAACAUUUUGGUAAGAAAUUUAUCCAAGUUAUUGAAACAGAUUUCCUUUUACUCGAUAAAAACAUUUGCAGUCUCAUCAAUAAAUUUUCUUUUUGUUAUAAUGAAAUAAAAGACGUCGAAAAUUCUUUUUUGUAUGAAAUGAAAAUACCCAUAAAUAAUGAGAAAGACCUAUGCCUUUGUAAAUUUUGCAAUAAUUCAAAAAAUUCUAAUGCUCCUUACAAUUUUAAGCUAAAUGAUAUACUCGAAACCGUCAAUACAUAUGCACAGUAUGCUGAGACUGUUCAUGAUAUGAACAAAAAAGAAAUUUUCAAAAAAAUUGAAAAGCAGGUGAUAUUAAAGCUAAACAAAUCUCUUUUGAAAAACUAA